CAAGGAUCUUUUUCAUUCUGCAAUCCUGUUAAUCUUUCAAUCACACAACCAAUCAUGGCGAACGCGGCAUCUGGAAUGGCUGUGAACGAUGAAUGCAAGCUGAAAUUUCUGGAGUUAAAAUCGAAACGGAACUACCGAUUCAUCACCUACAAAAUCGUAGAUCAACAAGUGAUUGUUGAUAAGAUCGGCGGUCAUGAUGAAACCUAUGAGGAUUUCACAAACUCUCUUCCUGCUGAUGAAUGUCGCUAUGCUGUCUUCGAUUUCGAUUUCACCACUGAUGAAAAUUGCCAGAAAAGCAAGAUCUUCUUUAUCGCCUGGUCACCAGAUACAUCAAAAGUGAGAAUGAAGAUGGUGUAUGCGAGCUCGAAGGACCGAUUCAAGAGGGAACUAGACGGAAUCCAAGUUGAGUUGCAAGCUACAGACCCGAGUGAGAUGAGCUUCGACAUCAUAAAAUCACGGGCCCUCUAAAUAAUGUUCCUCCAUGAGGGGGCUUUGCUCGAUGAGUUAAUUUAUUGCGUACGCAUGAUGGUUUUCGUUUAUUUUAUUUUAUUAUUAUUUUUAAAUUUGGGAAUUUUCGUUCUUCGAAAAGAAUUAUCAACUGUGUAGCGUAGAGUAACGUUACCAUCAGCUCGAUCGAUCAUAUUAUUCGU